AUGGAUAAUGAUUUUGUUGUUGAUGACGUAGAGUGUGAUGGUGACUUAGAAGACUCAGAAUUUUAUGACAGUGACUAUGAUUUGGUAGAGGAUGAUAAGUUGUAUGACACCUAUGUUGAUAAAGAUGUUGAAUGGGGAAGGAUAAGUGGUAGUGGGAAUGGUGUGGAAAAGGAGAAAUCAACAGUUAUGGAUGACUCAGUGAUUAUGCACCAUCUGAUGAAUUGGUAA